CGGGAAUAUUUUGCUUCAAGACUCGGGAGAAUGAAAGUCAUCACGUGUGAAAUCGCCUGGCACAACAAGGAGCCCGUGUACAGCCUGGACUUCCAGCACGGCUCCUCGGGGAAGAUCCACAGGCUCGCCUCGGCGGGCGUGGACACGGCCGUCAGGAUCUGGAAGGUCGAAAAGGGGCCAGACGGAAAAGCCGUCGUGGAGUUUUUGUCCAACCUUGUGCGUCACACCAAAGCCGUCAAUGUCGUGCGUUUCUCUCCAACUGGGGACGUUUUGGCAUCAGGAGGUGAUGAUGCUGUCAUCCUGCUGUGGAAGGUGAACGACAACAAGGAGCCCGAGCAGAUCACCUUUCAGGACGACGAUGAGGCCCAGCUCAAUAAGGAGAACUGGACAGUGGUGAAGACUCUGAGGGGCCACUUAGAAGAUGUGUAUGAUAUUUGCUGGGCAACGGAUGGGAACCUGAUGGCUUCGGCAUCCGUGGACAACACGGCCAUCAUCUGGGAUGUCAACAAAGGACAAAAGAUGUCAAUUUUCAAUGAACACAAAAGUUACGUGCAAGGAGUGACGUGGGAUCCUUUGGGCCAGUAUGUUGCCACCCUGAGCUGCGACAGGGUCUUGCGGGUGUAUAGCACACAGAAGAAGCGGGUAGCUUUUAACGUUUCGAAGAUGCUGUCUGGCAUAGGAGCCGAAGGAGAGGCCCGCAGUUACCGGAUGUUCCAUGAUGACAGCAUGAAGUCCUUCUUUCGUAGACUCAGUUUUACUCCCGACGGAUCCUUGCUCCUCACCCCAGCUGGGUGUGUGGAAUCUGGUGAAAAUGUAAUGAAUACAACUUAUGUUUUCUCCAGGAAGAAUCUUAAAAGGCCCAUCGCACAUCUUCCCUGCCCCGGAAAAGCCACGCUCGCCGUUCGCUGCUGUCCCGUCUACUUUGAGCUGAGGCCGGUGGACACAGACCAGUCGUCCCAUGAGCCAGGCAUGGAGCUGCUGGACCUGCCCUACCGCCUGGUGUUUGCGGUGGCCGCCGAGGACUCUGUGCUCCUGUAUGACACACAGCAGCCCUUCCCCUUCGGCUAUGUGGCAAACAUUCACUACCACACCCUGAGUGACAUUUCCUGGUCCAGUGAUGGCGCCUUCCUGGCUGUCUCGUCCACGGAUGGUUAUUGCUCCUUUGUGACCUUUGAGAAGGAUGAACUGGGAAUACCUUUGAAAAAGAAGCCAGUUUUAAGCACGCAUACUUCUGAUACGGCAAAGAAAACCAAGAGUCAGAACCACCAGGGGUCUUCGCCCGGGCACAGAUCUGUCGAGGGGACCCCCACCAGCAGGACCCAGGACUCAAGCAGUCCCUGUACAACCCCGCCCCAGGCCAGGCAGUCUCCUGCCCUCAAGGACACACCCUCAGUGCCUGCUGGCAUCCGGAACGCCUUGCCAGGACCCCCGGAGGAGAAGACCCCACAGCACAGCAGUCAGAACCCGAGAGCGCCCCCGUCCCGGAGGGUCACACUGAACACGUUGCAAACCUGGAGCAAGCCGACACCCCGGAGAAUAAACCUCAUACCCUUGAAGACAGACACUCCGCCUGACUCUGUCCCAGCCAGUACAGCCUCUACUCCUUCCACAGAAGAAAUACAGGCCGAGCUGUCUACAGACCUCCAGGAUGGCUCCCCAGAGCGAAAGCGGCCCAGCCUGGAGGAGAACCAAGGAUGUCCCCAAAGCCUGGACGCUUGACCUCUGCCUGCCGGGUCUGGGGAUGCACCCAUGGGAGACGCCCAAGGCCAGGGGCAUUCACUCGCAAUUGGAUUUCCAUGAGAGGAGACCCUUCCAGGAACGUGUGCCUUGGUCUCCGUGCCCAUUUUUCCCUGGGCCAGAAUCCUGCUGGAGAGCUUGUGUGGUGAGCGCCAUGCGGCCGUCUGCGGUGUGGAAACCACAGAUUGCCCCUUUGGCAUUCUCAUGAGAGUGUAUGUCCCGGGCGGAAUGCUCUGAGGUCGCAGAGUGAGAAAGCAACUUGAGAAGGCAAUGAUUAGAUUUGGCUUUGUUUAGUUGAUUAAACUCUGAAAGAUCGUUAUGCUUAUUUUCUGGUUUCAAAAGUAAUGCUCGUUCUGAAA